AUGGCUAUCCGAGAGGAUGAUAGGGCUGAUCCGAGAGGACAGGAUGCAUCCCGUGUAGUUGAUAAGAGGAAGCCUCUCUCUGAUGCGUAUGAUCAGAAUAACGAGGGGGGCGAGGUGAUAAGAGGAACGAGGGAUGAGAGGGAUGGGAUAGAUGAGAGGGGUGAGAGGGGUGAGAGGGAUGGGAUAGAUGAGAGGGGUGAGAGGGGUGAGAGGGGUGAGAGGGGUGAGAGGGAUGAGAGGUAUGGGAAAGAUGAGAGGGGUGAGAGGGGUGAGAGGGGUGAGAGGGGUGAGAGGGAUGGGAGAGCCCUCCUCUCCCCCUCUCAUCUUCCCCAUCCCUCCUCUCCUCUCACCUCCCCAAUUUCACCUCUCCCACGCUGCACCUCAUCGCCAGUGUUUCUCUCCCCCCACCCAUCAGAGCUCAAAAGCCCACCUGCACUUCCACACUUUGGCGGAUCUGCACAGCUUCAGCAGCACAAUGAGAGCCUCUGUGUUUAUCUUUUGAAUUCUCACCUCUCCCGCUCUUCACCUCAUCGCCAGGAUGCAUCCCACUGGGAAGACCCCUAUGGGCAUGCCCAGCAGCACAGGCAUGCAGAGCAGCACAGGCAUGCAGAGCAGCACAGGCAUGCAGAGCAACACAGGCAUGCAAAGCAACACGGCCAUGCAGAGCAACACGGCCAUGCAGAGCAACACGGCCAUGCAGAGCACGGACUCUCUCUCCCUCGAUUUCCUCAUGCUGAUUGGUUGCAAGCGCCUCGUGGUGGCAUCCCUCCCACCAGCAUGCAAGAGGAGACAGUCAAUCCACUAGCCAACCCCCCUCGCCCACCUCCGAGUUCUCUGAAUCAGCCUCCCAGCUCUCGGGACCUUUACUCUCUAUCCUUGUCUGAAUUAUCAUUGAUCCGCGUGCUGCAAUCAAUAGCCCCAACAGUGGAGGCACUGAUGGUGCCACACUCGAUGCCGAUAGAGUCAGUGGAGGGCGAGUGGAGUGAGCUGCACCGCCUGGCCAUCGGUGUGCGUGGGAGCAAGGCGGGUGAGGAAAGGCGCAAGACGACAGUGGUGGCAGCAAAGGCUCAUGCAGGCGGCGUUUGUACCCGAGGAGAGGUGCUGAUGGGGGAGGAGAUAGAGGAAGCGGCACAGGUGAUAACAGCGGCAGCUGUGGCAUUCGUGGCAGCAGCAGCAGCAGCAGCAGCAGGAGGAGGAGUCGAAGCAGGAAUCGUGAAGCACCAAGGCCUCCUUACAUCAAUGCCCCUGCGCUGCAGUCUCUCCUUUUCGCCACGCGCCGGUGCAACCCUGACACUCUCGUGUCUCUGCAAGAGGACUUCCUCCCUGGAGAUCUACUGCGUUGUUGGCAGGUCGUUCUGCUGGAAUCCCAUUGGGAGUAAGCGGCUCAGUCAGCACAUGUGUGUGUGA